AAAUCUAAUAAUAUUUAUUUAAUAGAACUAGCGGCAAUGAAUCGCUUUGUAUAUGAAGAGGCUCGUUUAACAGAAAACGAGUCAUUCGUGAGUCGUGAUCGCAACGUCAAAAUCUAUGAUGGAGAUCAGAAGACGGAAUUUGAAGAUGGGGAAGUGGUGCUAACGACUCAUAGAUUAUUUUGGGGGCGUCCUGGAGAAAUAGCUCGCGCAGCCAUUACUCUUUGUCUGCCACUUAGCUAUGUUAUCUCUCUCAGUGAGGAAACAACGGCCUCCAAUUUUUUUGGACGCAAAACACGGAUAAUACUGCACUUGCAUCCGCCCAGCGUAAAUAAACCCCCUGGGCCACUGGACACAAGUCGGGCUACCCACAUAAAACUCUCAGGUAAAAAUGGCCUAAGCGUGGAGUUCCACACCGCGCUGCGAGAGACUUUAAAUGCGCGUGUCUGGACCAUCGCAUUGACGAAUGAGACCAUUCUCAAGGGACCAGAAUCGACGUUAAGUGUGGGUGAUAAGUUAGCUAGGAUUCAAAAGCGCACGGGAAUAGGUGGAAUAGAGCGGCACCUAGAAGCGAAAGCCAAGGAAACAGACGAGAACAUAGCACUUGCAUUUCAGGAUCUAAGUGUUCUUAUGGCUAUGGCAAAGGAUAUGGUAGGCGUGUCCAAAAAUAUAAGCAGCAAAAUACGUGAGCAAAGAGGUGAAAUAUCCGAGGAUGAAACAGUUCGAUUCAAAUCCUAUCUGCUUAGCUUGGGCAUUGAUGAUCCUGUGACACGUGACAAUUUUACCAGCAAUUCGGCUUACUUUAAUAGUCUGGCUCAACAAAUAUGCGGAAUGCUACUCGAUCCAAUUGAAGAACAUGGAGGCAUGAUGUCCCUGGCUGAUGUAUAUUGUCGUGUGAAUCGCGCUCGGGGUCUGGAACUUCUUUCACCCGAGGACUUGCUGCAUGCGUGCGAACGGCUUAGUGGUCCUAUUAAGCUACGUCGUUUUCCCAGCGGCGCAAUGGUUUUACAGCUCGAAUCUCAUGAUGAUGAGCUUAUUUCUAUUGAUACAUUAGAAAUAGUGCGCUCUGCGGAAUCCUUGGCGGUGGAGGAGCUGGCUAAGGUGCUGAACAUUUCGCUAUUGUUGGCUAAGGAGCGACUGCUCGUGGCAGAGAGACUGGGGAAAGUUUGUCGGGAUGAGUCCGUGGAGGGGUUGCGCUUCUAUCCAAAUCGAUUGCUUGCUUGUGAUGACUAAAUGUAAAUCUAUAUA